UUAUAUUGAAGCUGUGUAUCACUAUCAGAGCUUGUUGGUUUCAUUCUGGCUUCACGAGAGUCACCAUCCCUCUUUCCCCUUUCUUGAAAGCAGAAGGGGGAAAAAACAAGAAGAGAUUUCAAGCAUACCCACACCCGAUCAAACUAAGGGCAAGAGGAAGAUCAGUGCUGAACCACUAAGACAAGGAUGACUCAGUACGUUACUAUAGCGACUGAAGAGGGAAGAGGAGAAGACCGACGACGAGAAAUAUGGGGAGGAAAAAGACUACACAAACGGACCUCCACGGCAGCGACGGUCGCAACACGGUCACCGGCAAUUGACAGAAAUGAUCAGAAGAGGAAAAAGGAAGAAAGGAGGGUAGGACGUGGGUUUUUCUCUCAUUUUAACAUAAUUAAUUUUAAGUUGAAGCCAUGGGCAGUGAAAAUGACAAGGAUAAAGGCCUGUUCCCGAAUCUACAUGGUUAUCCUUCAUAUCCAUAUCCUCCUCCACCUGCUGUAUCAUAUCCAGAAGCACAAUAUCCACCUCCAGGCGGCUAUCCACCACUUGCCUACCCGCCGACGGGAUAUCCUCCGGCCGGUUACCUUCCGGUAGGUCAGUAUCCACCUGCCUGUUAUCCUCCUUCUGGAUAUCUAUUGGCUUAUCCAGCGUCAUGUUGUCAUCCAGCUCCAUACCCUGCAGCUUGUGGCCGUGGUAGGGGAGCGUGUGGUCAUGGCACAGGAGCCGCAGCGGCUAUGGCUGCCGCAUACGGUGGUCAUUGUCUAUCUCAUGGUGGUCACCAUAUUUUCCAUCAUUGAAUGUUUUGUUAGAGAGGUAUAAUUGCCAAUCAUGAGAUUGGGCAAAACUUGGAAAGAUGGAAGCAAUACAGCUGCCAGCAUAAAUAUUUAGUGUUAAACUUGGUAAAGAUGGUUUGAAUACUUGUAUUAUGAGUCAUUUGCUAUCAAGAACAUAUGCUUUUUCUUUGUAUGUGUGUGUAAUAUUGUACAGGUUUGCAACCAGCUGUUUUGCUCUAUUUAAUUAUUUUAUUUA